UUUAUAAAGACUUACAAGACAACAAUAAAAUUAAAAAUGACUGCUCGCAGACCAAUAGGGACUCGGAGCCUCAAAGCAGCAACAAUAAAGACUGUUUAAUAUACAGAAAGGAAAAAGAAAUCAUACUUAACAUUACAAACUGUGCAGACAAGAACAGCAUCUACACAUUUGAGGGGCUUUUUAAAAUGAAUGUUGUUAUAAUAAACAGUACGGCAGAUGGUUUUGUUCCAAUGAAUGCAGCAGAGCGUUUUAAUGAUACUGACGCACCAAAUAUAUGGAUCCCAGAGGAGUCUUUCCUAAAUAUUUCAGACGCAGAGCGCAGAGUCGGUGUAGUUGUCUAUGAUUCAAAUGAGCAAUUCACUCUUGGACUGGAAAAUGCGACUAUAAUAUCUAAAGUCGUACGGAUUGAAGUUCCUGGGCAUGACAUUGUGAAUUUGACCAAUCGACUUAUAAUACAGUUCCCAGUCAAUAAGACAACUGACAAUGCCACAUAUUCCUGUCAGUUCUAUGAUGAGGAAAACAACACCUGGAAAAAUGACGGGUGUAUCACCAAACCGAUCAGUGAUAAUGUUGUGAAUUGUUCUUGUAAUCAUAUGACUGCAUUUGCUGUGCUUAUGAUUGAUAUAAAGGACAUUGAUGAACAACAGUGGGAAAUCAUGUCAUACAUCAGCUAUAUAGGCUGCAGUCUGUCUGCCGUAUUUUCUGCUUUCUCCAUAUUGUCCUAUAUUGUCAACAGUAAUGCCAGGAAAGAAGUGUCCACCAGCAUCCAUGUGUCUCUGAGUGCUGCUCUGUUUCACCUCAACAUCAGCUUCAUGCUCAGUGAAUGGGCCGCCACACUGAAUAUAAAUGAAGUUUGUGUGUUUAUUGCUGUGACGAUACACUACAGUCUGUUGUGUUGUUUCACCUGGAUGGCCAUUGAAGCUCUGCACCUCUAUCUUCUUCUGGUCAGAGUCUUCAACAUCCGCAUCAAGCACUACAUGGUCAAGCUCUCUCUGAUUGGAUGGGGAGUCCCGGCUCUUCUUGUUGGAUGCUUGCUAUUAGUUCAUAGCAGUCGAUCUGUGUAUGGUACUAAAAGUAUCACAUUAUCAGAUACCAAUCAAACAAAUGCAUUCUGCUGGACAACAGAUGGUGUCAUCCUUUAUACUGUGAACAUUUCCUACUUUAUCCUUGUAUUCCUGUUCAACUCCGUAAUCCUGAUCGUAGUGUCCAGAUUAAUCUUUAGGCUACAAAAAUCAGACAACAGACCUAGGAGCAAAACCACUUUCAAGAAUGCCAGCACAGUUCUUGGUUUAAUGUCUCUGCUGGGGACCACGUGGGGUUUGGCCUUUUUCACUUCUGGAUAUACAAACUAUCUUAUUCUCUACCUCUUCUGCAUCUUCAACUCAACACAAGGGUUUUACAUCUUUCUGUGGAUGUGUCUGACAGGGAGGACUAAAAAACAGCAAGAAGAAAAGAGGACUACAACCACUGACACCUAACCUUAAAGCACUUAAAUCAAAACAAGUUUUAGUAAAUCACUUUUAAUAUAACAGGGAGAAAAACAACAUUAAAGUUUUUUUUAAAC